AUGGCUACACAAACUGUUGAGGGUAGUUCUAGAUCUCGUCCAAAACCUACUACCGUAGGGGCUUUAUUGAAACCGUUGAAUUCGGAAUAUGGUAAAGUAGCUCCUGGGUGGGGAACUACUCCUUUAAUGGGAGUUGCAAUGGCUUUAUUUGCAGUAUUCCUAUCUAUUAUUUUGGAAAUUUAUAAUUCUUCCGUUUUAUUGGAUGGAAUUUCAAUGAAUUAA